CCCCCCCACUCGUGCUCAUCGUCGACGACAACGUCCAGACCACGAUGGAUCUCGUCCUCUCCCUCGCCGACCACUAUCUCCUCGACGCCGUCUGGGCUCGCGUCCUCCCCCUCGACGCCUUCAACGUCCCCGCCCACCUCUCGUCCUUCGGCAAGCUCCCCUCCGACGCUGCUGCUCUCCCCCUCCCCACCUGGCGUUCGCUCGUAGCACACCUACCACACCCACCGCUCAACAAUGCCACCGCGCCAUACGCGUCUUCCGUCGCGCCCCUCCUCUCCGCAUGGCCGCGCGACUACAUCCCGAGACAGAUCCUCUCCCUCUCCGCCAUCACCCUCGCCGGUAUCAUCGUCCUCUACUUCCUCUUCGCCGGUCUCUCCUACCAGUACAUCUUCAAUCACGAGAUGAUGGACCAUCCGCGCUUCCUUAAGAACCAGGUCAAGCUCGAGAUUCAGUCCAGUCUGUCUGCCUUCCCCGGAAUGACCCUCCUUACCUUGCCAUGGUUCCAAGCGGAGGUCAUGGGCUACUCGAAACUGUAUCAAAACGUGGACGAAUAUGGCUGGGCGUACUUCAUUCUCUCAGUGCCAUGGUUCUUGCUGUUCACCGACUACGGCAUCUACUGGGUCCACCGCCUGCUCCACCAUCCUGUCCUGUACAAGUACAUCCACAAGCCCCACCACAAAUGGCUUAUCCCGACGCCUUUCGCAUCGCACGCCUUCCACCCCAUCGACGGCUACCUCCAAUCCGUCCCCUACCACCUCUUCAUCUUCAUCUUCCCCCUCCAGCGCCACCUCUACCUCGCCCUCUUCGUCGCCGUCAACUUCUGGUCAAUCUUCAUCCACGACUCUGACAUGAUCACCGGCCACUUCCUCGAGAAGGUCAUCAACGGACCAGCACACCACACGCUCCACCAUCUCUACUUCACCGUUAACUAUGGCCAGUACUUCACCUGGGCUGACCGAUGGGGAGGCUCCUACCGUCAACCCGAAUCGUCACUGGACCCGCUCCUCGAAGUCCAAGCCGCGAAAGCUUUGAAGGCACAGAAGGCACAAUGAUCGUCUUCCCCGAGCCGAU